AUGAAUCAGGCGUUUCUGGCUAAGUGGGGGUGGCAUAUCCUCACUGGCAGCCAAUCGUUGUGCUGCAGAGUUUUAACGGCAAAAUAUUUAAAAGGGAAGGACUUUCUCAAAUACAAAUAUAAAAACUCUGACUCCUGGUUCUGGAAGAGCGUAGUCAAGGCUAACUCAAUCUUGAAGAGAGGUGCUUGUAAGCAGGUGACUAAUGGAGAGAGUACUGCUAUUUGGGAGGAUCCCUGGAUUCCCCACUAUAAAGGUUUUUGUCCAAAACCAAACAGGAGAGGUGCGACUAAUCUCAACCGAGUGUCUGAUCUGUUAUUAUCCAAUGGACACUGGAACGUUAAUAAGCUGAAUGAAAGCUUCGAUCAUGAAACUGUUGUUGCCAUUUUAAAAGGGGGCCACCCCUCUGGUCAUGGCUCUGACAGAUGGAUAUGGACUCAAACAAGUAAUGGAAAUUUCUCGUGUAAGUCUGCGUAUCUUGUUCAAGCGUUAGAUAGAGCCCCCCAGUGCGAGGUUGCCCCGAAUCUCUGGAACAAGCUCUGGAAUAGCAAAAUCCUGGAAAGACACAAGAUCCUGUGGUGGUGUAUUCUAUCUAAUGCGCUUCCUACAAGAUCUGUGAUCAAUAGAAGAUUCCACAUUGAGGACACAAGUUGCCCUCUGUGUGGAUCAAGGGAAGAAACUAUGGAACACUUAUUCCUUUCUUGUGACGUGGUCUUCCACCUCUGGCGCUCUUCUCCUUGGGGUUUCUAUCCCAUUUGUGAUACUGGGAUCCGAGUUUGGGAUUGGGUCAAGUUCAUCUGGGGUCUGAACCGAAGAGGGGUCCGAGUUGAGGAUGCCUUCUUGUAUGCCUCCAUAAUUGUGGAUACAAUUUGGAGGGUGCGGAAUGACAAAGUUCACAAUAAUUGCCUUGUUGAUGUGAAAAAAUGUGUUGAUGAUAUUUGCUUUGCCUAUGCUGAUUUACGUGCUUCUUUGUUACCUAGUCCUACUUCGCUUCCCAAGGAAGCUUGGUCGCCUCCCCCCGGGAUUGGAUUAAGCUGA